UCUAGAGAGAGAGAGAGAUGGGGGCGGGUGGUGGGGAGGAGCAGCAGGAGAAGGAGAAGGAGAAGUGGGGAUUGUCGUCGAUAUCGCUGGACGGGUUGCGGGACAAGAACGUGAUGCAGCUGAAGAAGCUCAACACCGCCCUCUUCCCCGUCCGAUACAACGACAAGUACUACGCCGACGCCCUCGCCUCCGCCGAUCUCACCAAGCUCGCAUAUUUCAACGACAUCUGCGUUGGAUCAAUUGCGUGUCGUCUUGAGAGAAAGGAAGGAGGGGCCAUCCGUGUUUACAUUAUGACAUUGGGGGUUUUGGCACCAUAUCGUGGCCUAGGAAUAGGCACCAAGUUGUUGACACAUGUUUUGGAUCUGUCCGCAAAGCAAAACAUCUCAGAGAUUUACUUGCAUGUCCAGACAAACAACGAUGACGCCAUCGCAUUCUACAAGAAGUUUGGAUUUGAAAUCACAGAUACCAUCCAGAACUACUACACAAAUAUCACGCCGCCGGACUGCUACGUUCUCAGUAAGGUUGUUUCUCAUGCUAAUCCGAAGAAAUGAGUCUUGGUUAAUUCUAUGGCUGUUUCUCAUGUUAGUUGGCAGAAGUCAGUCUGGGUUAUUUUCCCUUAAUGAAAAUCUGAAUUAUCAGAGGGUAAAAGUGUAGUCGUCAUACCUAAGGUGAGGUGUUGAACUGCGAUAAAACAUUCCAGGCUUUGAGCAUUAAUAUUUAAUGGCUCUGUUGGACCUUUUUCAAAAAACUUGCUUUCGGUUCUGCUUUUA